GUAUUUCCUUAGCUGCUGUGUAGUACGAGAAGGAGAGGCUAUUGUUUUGCUAACCAGAUCAUUCACGUUAUAUAUAUUUACUUCAUUGUAAAAGCUGAGUGUUCAGGAAAAUUCUAACAUCCAUGUGAACAGCAUCAGAAAGAGACAUCACUUUAUCAAACCACAUAACAAGACCGAAAGGAAGUCAUGAACUACCAAAAUGUUGGAGGCAUGCCUUCGACUGGAAUUCUGGUUGCCGAUAAGAACAGCAUGUACCCCACUCCUCCGGGUGGCUUCCCGCCCACGGGUCUGUACCAGCAGUCGCCGCAGCAACAGCCGAGCAUGCCAACCGCACCAGGUUCGAGAAUCCAGCACGCCGCUGCUUUCAGCUCCGGUACACAGGCCUAUGCAUCACCUUUCUACACACCAACCACGGGAUACUCCUCCCUGUCCUCGCCCUACCAGCUGACAGCAACCACUGGAGCAUAUCCCGGAAUGUCGUACCAGCCCGUGUCGACGAGUCCCAGCUAUCCGCCGGGCCAGUACACGACCCCAGCCGCCUAUUUCGCCACACAAGCACCGAGCUCGGGUCUUGGUCCAACCAGCACCUUGGGACCGACGUCUGCCCAGUACGCUUCUGCCAUGCAGGGAGCCGGGAGCCAGGUGGUGUACCCGACGGGGAGCAUAUCGGCACCAGGCUACGGAGCGUAUCACUGCGUGCCAGCAGGCCCUGGUUACCAGAUGUCAUCGAUAGGCUACCCAGCCAGUCUUGGCAACACGCCAUCCUUUCCCCCUGGUGCUUCGCUAUACGGUCCGCGGUUCUAGUUGUUCUGUUGACUCUGUCGUUCUUGUCCAUGUUUGUGAGCCAUCUUGUUCACCAUGGUAGCGGAGGCUUAUCCAAGUGGUGUCGUUUUGGCUGGGUUGUUUUUGUUUUUUUUCUGUGUAAAAAUAAAAAUUGCCCUGUUUAUAAGAGCCAGUUUCUUAAUGGGCAUAGAGCUUUGUUUUUCAUGAACAUCCCAUACAUCAGUUAGUUAUUGAGAACAGUUGAGAACACUUCUAUCUUGUUGAUGUUAUUUACCAGUCUGGGGUUGGACCUGUUUUUUGUUUGGGUUUUUUUUCUGAUUUAAAAAAAAAAUGUCAAAAAAAAUGCAUAAUUUCAAGGGUGCAUAAAAGUAGAUUUUUUCCCAAAGAUGCAUAUCAUUGAUUUGUCCUGUAAAUUUAGCCUAUACAGCAAUAAUACUCGGUUACAGUUAUUUAUAAUCAUGACAAUGCAUUUAUUAAUUUGUCGAAUAAAGUCUCAUAAGUUAUCAGUUGGCAAUUUUUAAUCUGAAAAUUGUAUUUCUUAGUGCUAAAUACAUCCAUGUUUAUUCCAUUGAAAAUAAGUCCCCUUGUGCAUAAAAGCGUUGAACAAGUAGAACCAGCCAAUUUUGGCAUCUUAUUAACUUAUUCCAGACAUGUACCUUGAUAUCUUUUUCUGAAGCCUUCUUUGGCUAAUAUUAUACUAAACUUUACCACUUUAUCUUAUUUAUAAUUUUUAUAGACAUCUUUAAAAUAAAAUAAAAAGCCAACAUUUUCUGAAAUUCAUUGAUGGAUGGGCCUUGAUGAGCGGUGGGUAUGUUCAGUGAUUAGUUCACCUCGAGUACUAUUCUGGUAACAGAAGUAGAUUUGUUUCUUCAGUAUCCUGUCUGCAGUUUAAUACAGUCCACGUAUUGUCUUUCCAUGUCCGAACAUAUGGUUGAGAUUUCCGGUGUUGAAAAAAGCAAUAGCUGUACUUUAGUAUUAACAGAGUUGCAAUGACCAUAUGCAAAAUGUUGUUGAUAUUUUAGCUUUGCCUGCAGUCUGGGAAAAAAAAUGGGUAUACAGGGAUUCAAGCCAUUUCAUUAUUGUUGCUAGGUUUGUAAAAACUUUAUAGAUGUAGCAUGUUAUGUGAAAAAAAUGUAUACCAUUUUGUUUAUUUUCUGACAUGAAAGAUGUUUGGUCUGUCAUUGUUAGAUGAAAACUGUUCCCAGUUAAUGAGAUUAAUGAGACCGCUUUUGGUAAGAGCUUCACAUCCUCCGAGAUUUUUAUGUUUAAAUCGUUCACUGAAACAAAAUAAGAUUGGAAUUUAAUUUGUUACUGCUAACUUGUAUCUUUAAAAAAUUGGUUAGAAUUACCUGAUAAAUUAAAAUGAUCAGAAAAACCGUACUAGAAUUAGUAGAUGCAUUUUUGUCUAUCUAGAAUAUGUGGUUGGUACAGUAGAAUUUUUUAAAAGCAAGAUCAUUUUGAUCAUAUUGGUACAAAUCUAGGUUUAAAUUUUCAAGUGUUGAUGAAGAUGUGUGUUGAUUUUUCUCAAAAACAUUUAAUGAAAGAAGCGUGAGGUAAAAAAUAACAAAAUGUGUUGUUUUCGGAGGUGCGGUGAAAUGGACAGAACAACACUAAAUAUAUUUGUGAUUUCAUGCAGACAUACAUUUAAAAGAAAAAGUGUUUGUUUUAACUAUUAAUAUCAUAUCAUAUAUGAUAAUUUACACUGGGAAUUAUGUAUAGGGUAUUAAUAUUUUGUCACUCGAUAUAACUAAUCUCUGAAGUCUUUCCAGCUUUUUUCUUGUUUUUUUUUUUUUUUUUUUUUUAAUUACUUCCGUCUACAGGUGUAAUAUGGUUCAGGGCUUCUAGAAUUUGUAUAAAAUUCACUAGCCAUGGGAUCAUUAUGUAAAAUAUGUACUACCGGUAGCUAGGAUUAAAAAAAAUUCAUAAGCCCUACUUUAAUAGUAGUUGUAUACUAGCCCAACAUUGAAUAUCGCUAGCCAUGGGAGUGGGGCUACCAUAGUCUAGAAGCCCUGUGGUUGGGUAUUUUGAGACAAAAUUCUGCCCAAAUGGGAUGGAUUCGAUGAGUCAGAGAAAAACAAUGUACAUUCUGUUGCAUAAUUUGUGUAGCUCCGGGGAUUUGCAGCAGUAGUAGAUGUAGCGGGUAUGUAUAUUUUUUUACCACUUUUUGUUUUUAUCAAGACAGAUCUGAUGUUUUUAGACAAAUUUAGUUUAUCGUUUAUUUUUUACGUUAGAUUGUGACAAAUCCCUUAAUUGUAUACUUUUAUUUAUACUGGUCAUAUUAUGUAAAGGUAUCUUGAUCAAAUAAAAAUGAAGCUUUUUCA